UACUUCUCUAGCGGUUGGUAUGUCUAUCUUACUAUACCACACCAUAGACACACAUAUAAUUCCCUCUUGUACCUCCUCCCUUCUAAUCUGAGCUUCUAACUAGCAUAACUGAUUGCAAAUUGACUUAAUCUCUCGCAUUGUAUGUUCCGCUCUGUUUUCCCAAAACGAUAUCUCCCCAUAGCAGUUCGAAAGUACAGUAGGACCGCCAGGAUGUCGUUGAAGGCUAUCUCAGCCAAAGAUGCUGCCUCCCUCGAUAAGAACUUGAUGGAGAUGGGUGGAUGGUCCUUGGACCAAUUGAUGGAACUCGCGGGGCUGUCCGUUUCGCAGGCAGGCAUGUUCUACCGUCUUCAUCCCCCCAGCGCCGGCAAGAAUGUCCUCCUCGUCUGUGGCCCAGGGAACAACGGCGGCGACGGCCUAGUAGCCGCGCGCCAUCUGGCACAGUACGGCUAUACACCCUCAGUCUACUAUCCCAAAGAAGGGAAGAAUGAGCUGUACCAGCGCCUCAAAACCCAGCUACACAACCUAUCCGUCCCUUUUGUUCCAGAUUUCACCGAGGCUCUCAAGUCCGCUGACUUCCUCGUCGACGCCAUCUUCGGGUUCUCCUUCGGAGGUCCCCUCCGCGACCCGUUCCCAUCCAUCAUCUCCCAGAUCGAGUCGUCGUCCGUCCCUGUGCUGAGCGUCGAUGCGCCCAGUUCUUGGGACAUUCAGAGUGGUCCACCCAAGGAGGGUCCGGGAUCCAAAUUUAUGCCCGAGGCGCUGAUCAGUCUCACGGCCCAAAGCCAUGCACACUUUGUCGGUGGUCGUUUCUUGACCAAGAGUAUCGUUGAGAAGUACGGAUUGGAUUGUCCUGAUUAUCCCGGCAUCGACCAGAUCGUGGAAGUUGGUGUUGAUGCCGAAGGGCGGCUAUAA